UUGGGAGUGGUAGUUUUAUCUGGGCGUCUCAACUUAGCAAGAGAGGAGAAGGAGGGCGCCACGGACUACAGGGCCCGACGUCCCCUGUGACGGGUGGGCGGUGAGAAAGCGGGGUGGUGGGGUGGUUAGCCGGGGCUUUUAAAAAAUAAUUUUGAGGCGGAGUGUUGGAGGAAUCCCGGAGCGCGUCACUGGCCGGAGAGGAGAGGCGGGGCUCCUGCUGCGGCGCCAGAGCUCCUGCCGUGCCAGGCCUGGACACCCCCGAGCGGAGCUUGUGCUCCCCCUCCCCCUGCAUUUUUCCGAGGGCCUGCCUAGGCCCUGUGCGUGUCCAUGGAAGGCGGAAACGGCUGCGGGGACCGUCUCCUUGCCAAGGGGUGUAGUCUUCGCCGCCAUGUCCGGGGGCUUCGAGCUGCAACCGCAGGACGGCGGCCCCCGGGUGGCCCUGGCGCCCGGGGAGACGGUGAUCGGCCGCGGGCCGCUGCUGCGAAUAACAGACAAGAGAGUGUCCAGAAGACAUGCAAUUCUUGAGGUGGUCGGUGGCCAGCUUCGAAUCAAACCGAUACACACAAAUCCAUGUUUUUAUCAGUCUUCUGAGAAGAGCCAGCUCUUACCAUUGAAGAGAAAUCUAUGGCGCUCGUUGAAUCCUGGAGACAGUUUUUCUUUGCUGGUCGACAAAUACAUUUUUUGUGUUUUCUCUACACACUCUGAAACAGAAAUGGAAUGUACUUUAAGAAAUAGUCAGAUGCUUGAUGAAGAUAAUAUUCUAAAUGAAACACCAAAAUCAUCCUCGGUUAAUUCGCCUGAUGAGACAACUGGUAACCCACAGCUGGAAAGAAGCACAGAAAUAGCUAAGACCCAAACUGCCACUGCAAAUAGUGAGUGUUUCCUAGGUGAAGGUAGAGACAUCAGUAAGCAACAGUCUAACCCUGCCCAGAGGAGAAGAAUCCUGCCAGCAUGGAUGUUAACAGACAAUCGAAGUGACCAAGACCUUUCAGCACCAGCCAGCAGUGGGGGUAAUAUAAUCCAGGGAAGUGGAAAAGAAGGAAUCUGCAGAAAGCGAUUAAAUUCAUCAGGAAGUUCAAAAAGUACAUCAGCAGAGCAAGACACAGGGAAAAAGUGCAAAAAUGCUGAUCAGGAAGAGUCUAUCAUUUCAUCCAAGGAAAUGCCGCAGUCAUCUUCUGCAAUCAUAUUAAAUAAUGCAGAAGUAAAUAAUAAGAAGGCUAAUACACAGAGAAGUGAAAUCCCAAUAGAGGAACGUGGUAAGGUUCCUGAACAUAAGAUUAUUAUGAAAGGAACACGAGAUAAAGAAGGCAAGAUGAUGGACUGUUCUGAGGGUUACUUGACUGCCCAGGACAAGUCCUUCCACGAGGAGUCUCAAGGAUCUCCUCCCGAGUCCAGUUCUGAUCUCUCCAAUCCUGAAACUUUGCAUGCAAAGGCAACUGAUUCAGUUCCACAAGGUUCUGAAGAAAACAAGAUCAAGAGGACAUCCUGUAUGUAUGGGACAAACUGCUACAGGAAGAAUCCUGUCCAUUUUCAACACUUCAGUCACCCUGGAGAUAGUGAUUAUGGAGGCAUACAAGUCACGUGUCAAGAUGAGGCUGAUGAGCGGCCUGAAUGUCCCUAUGGAGCAUCUUGCUAUAGGAAGAAUCCCCAGCACAAGAUAGAAUAUAGACAUAGUACACAUCCAGUGAGGAGCAUAUCAGAUGAAGAUAGUGAUAAUGUUGGGCAAUCCAAUGAGUAUGACCUCAAUGACCGUUUUCUAGAUGAUGAGGAAGAAGAAUAUGAGCCAACAGAUGAAGAUUCUGACUGGGAACCAGGGCAGGAAGACCAAGAGAAGGAAGAUAUGGAAGAGCUUUUGAAAGAAGCAAAAAAAUUUAUUAAAAGGAAAAAGUAACCUUUUUUCUGUGCUAAUAUAUGGCUCAUAUUGUUCUUUCUGGAAAACAUUCAGGAACUAAGGAGGCACUUAAGCGAUAAUUGUUUUCCGUCUUUUUAUAGUUAUGACUUUAUUAUUGACUCUUUGCAAAUGAAACAUUGAUAGGUCAACCUUCAUGCAGUGGAUGGAAUUUGUUUUGUUGCCUUGCUUUUUCUAUCCUAUUUAAAGCAUCUGGAAAUAGGAAGCAGAGAGUUAAAGAGAAACAAUUGAUAUUUUUUUCAUUUACUUUGUGUGUUGGUAAUAAAAAGUAAAAGCCAUAGGUUGCACAAA